AUGCCUGCCUUCGACGACUCCGACUUUGGCGUUGACACCCCACAAACACCAAAGUAUGACCACCUGCAAAAGAUCAUCAGCCAUGGUUCUCCUGCAAAGUACAGCCACACUAUCCACCCUCCAACCCAUCACAAUGGAACAACUGGGACAAUCGAAGUCCCAGCAACGAGAUCACAAACUGCAGAGAGCGAAGCCCUCAUGCACUCCUUGAGCAUUUCACCCUCGCAGGUUGACAGACGAGGCUCACGAAACAGCUUCGGAGCUUCUCUGCCAAUUCCAAAAUCGAAACGCCAAUCUCGUCUUUCAUCGGUUGCAACUGCAGAUGGAAGACCUACGAGACCUGGCAUGCCAUCCAUCCAGCCAACCCGCGACAUCCUAUCUUCACAAGUCCAGGAUAUGUCAUCAGUGAAGACAGCUGCAGCAAAGGACAUGGCAUUUGCCUUCGACAUUGAUGGGGUUCUUGUCCAUGGGGACCGCCUGAUUCCGGAAGGAAAGCGUGUUCUUGAAAUUCUCAAUGGAGACAAUGAGCUUGGGAUCAAAAUUCCUCACAUCUUCCUCACGAACGGAUCCGGAAAGCCGGAAGCUGCACGCUGUGCCCAACUCUCAAAGAUCCUCCACUCACCCAUCUCCACUGAACAAUUCAUUCAAUCUCACACACCCAUGUCGGCUCUGGCAGAAUAUUACGACACCGUUCUCGUCGUUGGUGGAGAGAACUACCAAUGCCGCGAAGUAGCCAAGCAGUACGGUUUCAAAGACAUCGUAGUUCCCAACGACAUCGUCGCCUCGCAACCCACCCUCUCCCCGCUCAAAGAAUUCUUCACCGCCGAGCAACGGGCCACCUCCACCCCCCGCGAUUUCAGCAAAGUGAAAAUCGACGCCAUCCUCGUUUUCUCGGAUUCCCGCGACUACGCCACGGACCUGCAAAUCAUUAUGGACCUGCUACAAUCCGAGGACGGCGUCCUCGGCACACGGGCCAAACAUCCUACCAAUCAACGCAUCCCAAUUUACUUCUCACAAGGCGAUCUCCUCUGUCCCACCGAACAUCCUUCGCCGAGAAUGUCCCAGGGAACAUUCCGCAUCGCACUUGAAGCAAUCUACAAAGCCAUCACCGGCGUGGAACUCGAGCGCGUCGUCUACGGGAAACCAGAACUCGCAACCUAUAAGUACGCGGACGAUGUAAUGACAUCCUGGAUGGACACGAUCCACAACGAGGAACGACUGCCCAAGAACAUCUAUAUGAUCGGCGAUAAUCCUCAGAGCGAUAUUAUCGGCGGGAAUAUGUAUGGAUGGAAUACUUGUCUGGUGCGGACGGGCGUGUAUCAGGGGGAGGGCAACGAUAAGCAGAAUCCUGCGAGCUUUGGCGUUUUUGAUAAUGUGUUGAAAGCGGUGGAGACAGCGUUGAAGAAAGAGCUGGGGCAGGAUUUUAGGACUGAGUGGAGUGAUGCCAUGAAUCCUGUUACCGCCGGACACUCUGUUUCGGCGAUUGAGUAA